UACAUACCCUUAAGGAUUACAGAUGUAUUUUACUCCGAAUUAGUAACGUGUGGGAACUAUGUAUUUCAAAAAUCUGGAUAAUUUUACCACCAGAUCCCAUAUUGUGAGCUGUACAUAUUUAUAUUCAUGAUCAUAUUUCUCACUACCAUUAACGUAGACUGUACAUCGUAGAGUGAGCCAAUUUCUCACCUAAGCAUGUAUUUACAGUAUAUGUAUGUAUGUACCAGGUUGAUGUCAUAAUUUGGCUAUGUGCUUAUAUAAGCACUUACGUACAAAUAAAUAAGAUAAUAUUGUUCAAGUUUAAUCAAUACUCAAGUGUAUGUAUGCAGAUUACAUACAUAUUAGUUUAUUUAGAUUACAUACAUAUUAGUUUAUUUAGAUUACAUACAAAUUAGUUUAUUUAGAUUACAUACAUAUAUAUAGACAGUUAAAAAGUUAUGGACUUCAUCAGUCGAGCUUGUAACCUUGGCUUCCCAGCAGAAUGCAAAAAUAAACAGAAUGGGCGACCUCAGACGGAACAGCGGUCAGCAAGACGUACCAAACUCGAAGCCAGGUACGAUAUCAAUUUCCCCAAAAACUUUCCAAGAUAUUGCACAAAAGUGGGUAGAAUCUGAUGAAUUGGCUUCACCGGAUCAAGUCGCAGUCUUUCGCAAAUUAGUGAGCAUAUUGCGGGAUCACGACUUGCAAGAUGUGUCGGAAAUUAUACGUGGCACGGUUGAGCGGCGUGUCAAAUUAAAUCAGCUUCGAAGCCAGAAUGCAGUAGGCAAAAGUAGUAAUUGUAAAGAAUUUAUUAAAUCCGGCCAGGAUGCAGAGUACGAGUCAUUGACGGGUGAAGAAGAUUUGGAGUCAUGUUCCUCAUAGGAUUUUCCUUUGUGGAAAACUAGUACAGAUUUUACAGGCAUAAAGCACUCGUAUUGACCAUAAGCACCUAAGAAACGUCUUACAAACUUGUGAAAAAUUGAAGAAAGACAAUCUAUACAGCAAAUUAAGAAACACAUAAAGAAAUAAACCGUUACAACGAAUGUAACCAAGGGGUGAAAACAGUGUAUUGUCCGUCAACCUGAAAAUCAUGUU